GCGCACUCUAGCAUCGAAAACUGAUUCCGCCGUGGGACGGCAAAAAAAGAGAUGUUAGCCGCCUAACCUAAAUAUGAACUCGUGAAACAAUCAGAAAAUAUCGGGAUAAUAUUAAUUAUUUAAAGUUUGAUAAUAGCUCUUUAUAUGUUGUCAACUUAUUUUUAUUAGAGAUGCUUAAACUCAGUGGAAUCCGGCGAAAUGCGUCCUCCAGACUUGCACCAAUGUCAGCAUCCUGGCAAAAACCUCUUCAAAAAUUAAGCGCAGCUUGCUCCGGUGCUGCAAAUCUCAGUCCCAAGCUUGCCCAAACCAAGGUAGAUAAACCACGAGCAAAGGGCUUGAAAAGUGAAAAGAAAGAAACUCCACCAUCGAAAAAUCUUUUGAUUCAAACAGCAUUAGAUGCCCUAAAAGUGUCAGGUUUCCAAUCACAAGAUACAGGAACGGAGGAGGCGACGAUAGAACGAAUAAAAGCUUCGACGACUGUGAGAGGUUUAUUAGAAAUGAUUGAUGUUGAAACCAUCACGGCUGAGCAUGCUCGUACUACAGUAACGAUCUUGAUGGAUUGGGUUAACAAUGGCAAAGCCAAACUCAGUGAUUUUGAUCUAGACAGUAGGUUCCUACAUCUGUGCGAUUUAAUUGCUCAGUCCAAACCAUCGAAGCAACAAACUCAACCAAGGAAACUCAAAAGUCAUGAAUUAAAUCAUGAAUUGAGUCUUAUGUACGGUCUGAACGACAUUGAUGACGUUAUAAAAGAAAUUUCCAACGUAUCAAUCAGCCACAUGAUCCAGGUGAUGAAACGAUUGGCCCAACAAAAAAGGCGUACGACGCCGUUACUCACGUCACUCUGCUAUGACAUUAGUCGAUCAAAAGAUGUACUAAACAUCAAACAAGCUUCUGAUAUUUUGUAUAGUAUGGCUGUGCUCAAUUAUUCAGACGAGGCAUUGUUAGAAAAAAUUUCAAACGAUAUCAUUGGUACGAUAAACACAGUCAACAAAAGUCCAAUAAUUGGUUCGAUCGUGACAUCACUCGGAAUUCUCCGUUAUAAAAAUACGAAAUUGAUGGACGAAUUAUCCACUUGGUACAUGAACAAUUCGAAAGAUGUACGCCGCCAAGAUUUGUGCUCGUAUUUUAUAACCCUAGCGAUGCUUGGUCACAUACCUUCCGAGUCUAAGAAAAUAAAGAAGAUAAUUAUUGAUCCGUUGGAAGAACGUGACAUGCCGAGACCUACUGAUUGGCUCAACGUUGUUUGGGCAUGGACGAUUUUACAGCUCGCAGAGAACCGGCACAUAGAAUCUAUAUUAAACAAAGCUUUCGUCGCCAAAAUAGCGAUUGACAUAGAAACACCCAAUGUUUUUAUACCAAGACAUCGCAAACUGCUAGUCAUCAAUGGAGCUGCUCAGUAUUUGACUACGAAUUAUAAUGGACCGCUUUUGGAAGAGAAUUCUCAGACAUUCGCAUCUAUGGUUCAGAGAUCAAAAGAAAAACAAAUGUUCACACAGUCGGUGACAGUCGCACUUGCAGAGAUGUUUCCUCCCCCCGAAUACAUGAAGGUUAACGUUGACUUGGGUACGGGUUUUCUAGUGGAUACUGAAAUUUGUAUAGACAGCAACGGUGAUCGAUUACCCGUUGCGAGUGAUUUAAAGACAACAAAAGGCUUCAGGAUAGCCGUGAUGUCACUCAGUUAUAACGAUUUUUGUCGAGGCAAACAUGAUCCCAUGGGCUUUUACGAAUUUUAUUUCCGAAUCCUCGAGGCUAAAGGAUAUAAAAUCCUUUCAAUUCCGUACACGGAAUACAGCACGCAAGACGAAAUGUCUUCACGGAUAUUAUACAUAAGAAACCGUAUUAAAAAAAUGCUCGAUAAAUAGUCCAACCUGACCUGAUGAUGCCAAACACCAUUCGUGAAAUUCCGCAUUCUUUAACAUUUUCCAGUGAGCGUGUCUCUUCCUGACAUGAUGGCUUCUUUUGCUGCAGUAUCGGCGAUUUCAUUUAACUUAACCCCUCGGUGACCGGGGAUCCAAUAAAACUUCUUUUCCACUUUGUUUUAAAUCUUCGAGAUUUUCUUUAAUGGAGUUAUUCAAGUAUGAAUAUCGAUGUACUUGAGGAGAGCCCGCGAGAGAUUCGAGGACGCUUUUGGCAUCGGAAAAUAAAUAGCGAAUUUACGCGCGUCAA